GAAUGACAUGGCAAAGUUAGAAUGGCUUGAUAAUCUUGCAUUUCGUCAAAUAGAGAAAAUACAUAAGCAAGAAUCAUCAAAGUCAAAAAAUUUAUAUUUAUAUAUCGAUUUGCCGAAAUUUGAUUUUCCAGUAGUGUUUAGUGAACCUGACUAUCCAUUACCAAGCGUCGCACAGCCACCAACAGUGGUAAACAGUCAUGGACAUACUAAUACAAUUACUACUCCGAGUUACCCAAACAUAACUCUCAUCGUUGAUCCAGAGAUUGCGCGUGAGAAUCCAGUAGAAGCGAAACAUAGACGUUUAGUGAGAAGUCAUCGUAAUGGGCCAUUUGAUCGUGAUCUGAAACCGAACGCGAAAAUUCGAGAUGAUUUAAACGGAAUACUGAAAUAUCCGCCGACACAACCUCUUUCAUCGGAAGAAAAAGACCUUCUCUGGAAAUUCAGAUUUUAUCUUACUCGUGAUAAAAAAGCGCUUACUAAAUUUUUAAAGUGUGUUGUCUGGACUGAUCCAACUGAGGUAAAACAAGCUGUUGAACUAUUACCUCAAUGGGUUGAUAUAGAUUUGGAUGAUGCUCUUGAACUAUUAGGUGCUAAUUUUGAGAAUCGAGCUGUUCGUGGAUAUGCCGUCGGUCAAUUAAAAAAAGCAGACGACGAGGAACUGUUAUUGUAUUUAUUGCAACUUGUUCAAGCUCUAAAAUUUGAAAAUAUUAGCGAUAAAUCUAGUUCGUCACAUGAAUCUAGUUUAGCAGAAUUCUUGAUUGAAAGGGCGAUUAAGAAUCCCAUUUUAGGAAAUAAUUUUUAUUGGUAUCUUAUGGUUGAAUGUGAUGAUAAAGUAGUUGGCAAAAUGUAUGGCAAAAUUACUUAUCAAUUCAUGACAGCCAUGAAGGAGAUUCCAACGGGUUUAGAACGACGAGAUAUACUUCGUCGGCAAGCAGAGUUAAUUAGUGCACUUUCUUCUAUAUCUAAAGAAAUCCACGCUCGCGUAGAAGUUACUGGCAUAAUUCCAGAGCAAUUUAUUCCCGUUAAGACUUACUUUUACACUAGCGGAUGGUGGAGAGUAUCCGAUCAACUUGUCAUUCAAAUUAUUACGCUUAUGGAUAGGCUUUUGAGAAAAGAGAAUUUGGAUCUCAAAUUGACACCCUAUAAAGUUCUUCCCACCGGUUCAAAUCAUGGUGUGAUGCAAUUUAUCACACCAUCAUCAUUAGCAAAUGUUUUGAGUGAAUAUAAUGGUAGUUUGCUACAGUUUUUGAAAGCGCAUCACCCAGAAGAGAAAGCGGUUGGAACAUACGGAGUCAGUCCUGCUGUAAUGGAUACUUAUGUGAAAAGUUGUGCUGGAUACUGUGUUAUUACAUAUUUGCUUGGAGUUGGAGACCGUCACCUGGACAACCUGCUACUUUCUCCUGAUGGCAAUUUAUUCCAUGUAGAUUUUGGAUUUAUCUUGGGACGAGAUCCAAAACCAUUUCCACCACCUAUGAAAUUAUGCAAAGAAAUGGUGGAAGCAAUGGGCGGCGCAAAUUCAAUUCAUUAUCAGAGAUUUAAAAGCUAUUGUUAUAUAGCGUUUAAUAUUUUGCGCAAAAGCGCAAAUCUAAUUCUUAAUUUGUUAGCGCUAAUGGUUGACGCGAAUAUAACUGAUAUUAAAAUUGAACCUGAUAAAGCAGUUUGGAAAGUUCAAGAGAAAUUUCGAUUAGAUUUGACAGAGGAAGAAGCUAUUAAAUAUUUCCAAAAUUUAAUUAACGAUUCAGUAAGUGCACUAUUUCCGCAAGUUAUUGAAACUAUUCAUAAAUUUGCACAAUAUUGGCGGAGAUAG